UUCUCCAGCUCUUCCCGACACAGAUUUAAAUCUCCGUUCGUUGCCAGUUGAUCUCUGCACACAAAUAAUUGACGGGGAAAAUAUAAUCAACACUGUUAUAUUACCGAGGAAAACUGUGCAAAGGUAGGAGAGCUUUGUAAAGCUGAGAGGACCGUGGAAAGCUAUGGAAGUUCUGUAAAGCUAUGGAAGCUCUGUAAUGCGAUGGUGUGUGUUUGGCAGAGGGAGGUUUUUGGCUGGUUUUGGCAGUGAUGCGAGUUUUUUCUUUUAUCAUUUGAGUUGAGGCGGAGGAUUUGGUUUGAGUUCUGGGAAGCGGGGAUUUGUAGCUUGGAAUUUGCUUUGUUUGGCCACAAUGCUGCGGCAGGGGAGUUUGCUGGCAGUGUUGGUGGCGCUGCUGGUGUUUGUUGCGCAGGAGAGCGGAGUCUCUUGUGACCGUGCGGCUAGGGUUUUGCGCGGAGUGAGCUCCGGAAGAGUGUGGAAGACUUUGAAAGGUCAAGAACCUGUAGUCAUAGCUCGGGGUGGACUGUCAGGACUUUUUCCUGAUCACACAUCUUCUGCGUAUCAAGUGGCAUUGAAUAAUAGCCUUCCCAAUGUUGUAUUCUUCUGUGAUCUACAAUUAACCCAAGAUGGUGGAAACAUAUGCCGCACAGAUCUAAGUCUGGAGAACAGUACAAAUAUUGCAGAUAUUUUUAAGGAUCGGAAAAAUACUUAUAUGGUUAAUGGAAAAAAUAUCACAGGAUGGUUUGCCAUUGAUUUUACUGCUGAAGAAAUUCUGAGCAAAGUUUUGGCAAAACAAGCACUUUCGUCUCGCCCCUCUGCAUUUGAUAAUUUACCAGUGCUUCCUGUAGAAGGGGUGGAUGUUCUUAGUCCACCUGCUCUGUGGUUGAACAUACAGUAUUCUAAGUUUUAUGAGGAGCACAAUUUAAGCACCAUACAGUACGUUCUAUCUGCAGCAAAAAGUAUUAGCUUUGAAUAUAUUUCUUCGCCGGAGGUGGACUUUUUAAGAAGAAUUAGAAGAGGGCUGCGGAAGAGCAAGUCAAAGUUGGUACUGAGGUUCCUGGAUAAGAAAGAUAUUGAACCAUCAACAAAGCAAGCAUAUGGCACCCUGUUGAAUAAUUUAACCUUGCUGAAGAGCUAUGCUUCUGGAAUUCUAGUUCCCAAAGAGUACAUUUGGCCUCUUAGUGAGGGUUAUAUAAAUACACCCACUACUCUAGUGCAAGAUGCCCAUAAAGCAGGGCUAGAAGUUUAUGCUUCUGAUUUUGCAGUUGAUGAAUUUGGUAUGAGCUAUAACUAUAGCUAUGAUCCAGUAAAAGAGUAUUUGCAGUUCGUGGACAAUCCAGAAUUUUCUGUAGAUGGUGUGCUAACGGAUUUCUCUGUAACAGCAUCAGAGGCUAUAGCUUGCUAUGCUCACAACAAGAAAAAUAUAUCAUCCAUCUCAGGAAAGCCACUUAUCAUAUCAAACAAUGGAGCUAGUGGGGAUUUCCCAGGUUGUACAGAUCUAGCUUAUCAGGCAGCUAUUAAAGAUGGUGCUGACUAUAUUGAUUGUUCUGUACAAAUGACAAAUGAUGGUUUUGCUAUUUGUAGAGAAUCACCAGAUUUAAUUGCUAGCACAAAUGUGCUAUCAGAUUCAUCAUUUUAUCCUUCACAUCUGAAAGAGGUUUCUGAUAUUCAGAAAGACAAAGGCAUCUUCACAUUUAAUAUGAUGUGGAAGGAAAUUCAAGCAUUGAAGCCACAAAUUGUCUCCCCUUUUGCCAACGAUUAUGGUCUGCUCCGUAAUCCUGCAUAUGCAAAUGCAGGACAGUUCAUGACACUAUUCGAUUUCCUCAAAUUUGCAAAGAGUCAAGCAAAUGUUGGUGCGCUGAUUAAUAUACAGAAUGCACGGUACCUAGCAAAGCAGGGUCUUGAUGUUAUAAAUGCAACUAUAGCAGCCUUAGAAAAGGCUGGCUAUGGCAAUAUGACUGAUAAAGUUAUGAUACAAUCUGAGGACAGUGCUGUUCUGCACAAGUUCCGGCAACAGACAACUUACAAGCUUGUUUACCAAAUAAACUUGGAUGUUUCAGUGCCAGACUCCACCAUCAAGGAGAUUAAAGGAUUUGCUGAUGGUGUGACAUUAGCCAGGGCCAUAGUUCUCACUUCGUCUGAGUUUUUCCUGAUGGAUGCUGAAAAUGUUGUAAGCCGGAUGCAUCUCAACAAUCUCACUGUGUUUAUAUUUCGUUUGAGGAAUGAGUAUCCAACUCUAGCAUUUGAUUAUUUUUCGGAUUCAACAAUGGAAAUCAAUACCUUUGUAAAUGUUGCGAAACCAGAUGGCCUGUUUACUGAAUUCCCAGCAACUGCUAAUGCAUACUUGAAGAAUACUUGUCGUCAACCUACAAGGAACAGUGAAUAUUCAAUGUUUUUGGUUGAACCUGGGGCACUCUUAGCUGCCAUGCAACCUGCAGUGGUACCUCCACCGGCUCUAGCCCCAGCUUUUACAGAUGUAAUAGAUCCUCCAUUGCCAUCAGUUUCUGUGGCAUCUCCAACCCCAGCUUCAACACCUUCACAAAAUUCUACAUCAGCCAAGAGUGGCCAGCCAAACAAUUCCUGCCAUUUUACUGCCACUAUGGUAUUCAGUUGCUUCAUACUUGCACUUAUAAAUUGGAACUGAGAAUCAAUUCGCACAGCAUUCUCCUGUAUUAACAUUUGUAACAAUGUUUAUCCUGUGAGCUGCCUUUGAUUAAAAUGGAACUUUUGAUUUCACAUGGCUUAUGAUUCUUUGAUUUGCCAUUAUCUUUCGGCGGACAUUCUUACAGAAUUAUCUACACCUUAUCUUUUCAAUUUUAUGUUUUGAGUUUUAGUACUGCUGCCAAAUAUGGUCUCUCAUAUCUGCAGCCUGUCAAUAUACAAGCCACUGUCAUUAAGUUCAAAUAUGCUGCUGUAUUUAUAUUUUGGAGGUAUAUCGUUCACCCUAAAGUUUGUAGGGUUGCCAUUUGUUCA